AUUAAUUGAUCCAAAAUGUUGAGAUUUUUAAUGAGGUAUCUGGCGAAUAACGAACGCCUAGUGUCGAAACUGGCUGAGAGCAAACCUAUGAGACGAGCAGCCCAAUUCGUCGUCUACAUCUGGUUGAGGACGAAGUCGAUUCAUGGAGCGCAGAAACUGUCGGCUGACCCCAGGGAAUUUGCAGCGCAGCUGAGAAAUAUCGCGAGGAAAUAUGCGAGUAAUAUCAAGGAGGGGAUCGAGGAUGCCAAGCGGGAGCUCAAGAAGAAAUGAUUAGUUGAUAAUUUAGAAGAUUCGAAUAACGAAUUUUUGAGAAUUUUCUGUGAUCGGACGAUAGAUAAAAUGAUUAAUUAAUUAAUUAA